UCUCCUCACCCAGGGAACAGCCUCCACCCCGUCUGGAGGAGUUCUCAGGGGACGGUGUUGGAAACACCGAAGGAGGCUGAGGAUGGCAGCAGAAGGAUCAUCAAUGAUGACUUGGUGACAAUCCAGAAUUGGUGCCUCAUCCAGGGUUGUCUGAAUCAGAGAAUGCCAGGGUCAGAUGGGACCUCAAAAGGCCACCAUCAGGCCUCCAGUCUCACCCCUCCCAGCUGUCCUCGUGGUAGCCAGAGUGACCACCCACGACCCAGGCUGGAGCAUACUCCUCUCCUGCUUAAAACCAGGAGACUCCACAGAACUCCCCACCCACUUCUGUCAUAUGAGGACACAAAAAGAAGUUUGCCACCCAGAAGAGGGAAGAAGACCCUCACCCAACAUGCUAGUGCUUUGAUCUCAGACUUCCAGCCUCCAGAACUCAGUCAGAAUCUGCAUGAAGCCAAUACUCCUGUCUGCUCUCCUGAUUGUGCCUGGAUUACCAAGUCAGGUGUUAAUUGUUUGAAGAGUGGACAGGAGGAGAAACAGAACAAGGGGGUGCACUCAGCUCCCUGCCAGAGGCAGCCUCCGGACAGCCCGGAGUCCAGGAAGCACAUCCAGCUUCUAUCAGCGUCACCUAUUGGAAAGAACAAGGUUCUGGAAUCCUGGGAAAUGAGCUCUGCUGAGAAGUCACUGUGUGACUUUGGGCAGAUCACCGUACUCUCUGAACUCUGCUCUGCUCUCACUAAGGGGCUGGACCAGGAAGUCCCUAAAGAAGUGUGUUAUGGGGACGCCUGGGUGGCUCAGUUGGUUAAGCAGCUGCCUUCGGCUCAGGUCAUGAUCCCAGCGUCCUGGGAUUGAGUCCCACAUCGGGCUCCUUGCUCGGCGGGGAGCCUGCUUCUCCCUCUGCCUCUGCCUGCCAUUCUGCCUGCCUGUGCUCGCUCUCUCCCCCUCUCUCUCUCUGAUAAAUAAAUAAAAUCUUUAAAAAAAAAAAAAAAGAAGAAGAAGUGUG